AUGGAUACGAACGGUUCUCCUAUAGCAACAAUUAGUGGCAAAAGUGUCGUAGAUGAUAACACUACAGCAGUUAAAUCAAAAAAACGUAAACAACGUGCUCCACUUCGUCCAUCCGAUACAAAUGGUAAUAUGAAAAAUGGAAAUGUAUCAACAUCAUCACCAAAACAUAUGUCAACUGCAAAAAAUAAUCAAUCAACAGAUUUAGAAACAUCUAUUCAUUCUGAACAAUCAAAUAAACCAAAUUCAACAAAUGUUGAUAUUAAUAGAAACUCUGAUCCUUACGAAGUCACGAGUAUUCCAGAUGAAAAUGAGCCAUAUGAACGUGAAAAAAAACCUGUAUCUCAAACAUUAAGUCAAUCAAUGACUGAUCGUGAUAAUACAAUGGUUUCAUCAUUUACAACAGGUGGUGAUAAUGAUGUUAUUGAAAUUCAUCAGUUUAGUGCAGGUGAUGUUGAUGCUUAUCUUGAUAUUUAUUUUGAAACACUCGAUAAUCGUUUACGGCAUUAUAUUGGAGAUGAUGAACAACUACAACGAUUUCGUGAAGCAAUGAAAAAUCGAAUAACUUCGAAACCAAAUUCACGUGAAUAUCAAAAUGUACUUCUUGGUAAAAUCAAUGGUGAAGUAUUAGCUGCAGUAACAAUGUUAUUUCCAAAAGAAACACCAACAAUUCCAGAAACAGGAGAUACUGUAUCUCAAAAUACUUGUUUUACAUCCAUGCAUCGUUGGGUGGCACGAAAAGCAAAUUAUGUUCCAACGAAUAUUGAAGAGUGUUAUAUUGAAAUGAUUGGUGUUAAAGCUGCUUAUCGAAAUAAUGGUAUUGGUUCCGCUAUGCUUGAAUGUGUUGAACAAUACGCACGACAAGCUGGUGCAAGCUUAUUAACAAUACAUGUAAAUGGACAACAAUUACGAGAUUAUUUUGAACGUUUUGGUUUUGUUAUUGAUACUACAGAUAAUUCACAAUUUUGGAAAUGGAUUGUUGAACGACAAAGCAAUUAUAAACUAUCAAAAAUUCUUCCGCCGGAGGAAGAAGAUUUCUAUCACCGAACGGAUAGUUAUGUUAGUGAAAGUUUGGCUGAAAGUGUUCAUGAAUAA